GGGGGAGGGGCGAAGGGGGUGGGGGAGGGGCCGUUUCCCAGAGGGCGCGUGAAGGUGGCAACAGUCAGGGUCAUGGAGCCGCAGGAGGCCGCCCCUCCCCCACCGCCGGAGGUCAAGUUUUUGGAGACGCCGUUCGGGGGGGUCCACGCCUGGAUCUCGGGGUCCCCCCGGCCCGGGCGCCCCGCCCUGCUCACCUUCCCGGACGUGGGGCACACCCACGAGACGUGUUUUGGCCCCCUGUUCGAGCACGAGGAGAUGGCCGAGAUCGCCCGGAGCUUCCACCUCGUGCACAUCGACCCGCCCGGCAUGGAGGACGGGGCCCCGCCCUACCCGCCUGGGUACCAGUACCCCUCCCUGGAGCAGUUGGCCGAGAUGCUCCUGGGGGUCCUGCAGACCCUGGGCAUCAAAAGCAUCGUCGGGAUGGGGGUGGGGGCCGGAGCCUUCGUGCUGGCCAAGUUUGGGCUGCUGCGCCCCGAGGCCGUGGAGGGGCUGGUGCUGGUGAACAUCGACGCCCGCGCCAAGGGCUGGAUGGACUGGGCUGCCAGCAAGCUGUCAGGGCUGACGACGUCGACGACAGAAUUGAUCCUGAGUCACCUUUUCACCCAGGUGGGGUCUGGGGGCUCAGGGGGAGUCUGGGGAG